GCAGCCACAAGGCGGUGUUGGAGGCUACAGGUUCGUCCAGGAAUCUGAUUGGAUAACAUUUUCCAGACGUCAUCAGUAUUGUCCAAUGAGCUGCGAGAACUGAGGCUUCGUUUGUAUUUGGUUGGUGAGUCGAGCGCCGUGCUAACGUAAUAAGAGAUUAGUUUGUGCAAGUCACAAUACGUGUCUUGCACAAAUCCGGAAAAUUUCCGUCAGAAUACAUUUCCUUACCUAUAGUAUGUUUUAAUCGUUCCCGUGCGUGCAGACAUGGUAGAACCAACAACACACACCUUCUCAUCCUUAAAGGAGGAGCUGGGCUUCUGGAAGGAGCAGGCAGAGAGACACCAGCAGAGGGCUGAGGAGUGUCAGGAAGAGCUGCAGGAAUUCCAGCAGAUGAGUCGAGACUAUGAAGCAGAACUGGAAACGGAGCUGAAGCAAUGUGAGGGUCGAAAUAAAGAGCUACUGAUAGAUAACAACCGACUUCGCAUGGAACUGGAAAACAUAAAGGAAAAAUUUGAAGCCCAGCAUUCUGAUGCUCUGAGGCACAUCUCAACCCUGGAAGAAGACCUGGCACAGACCACAGCGGUUAAAGAUCACCUGCAGAAGUAUAUCAGAGAGUUAGAACAGUCCAAUGAUGACCUGGAGAGAACAAAAAGGGCUACCAUCAUGUCUCUGGAGGACUUUGAGCAGCGGAUGAACCAGGUCAUUGAGAGGAAUGCCUUUCUUGAAAGCGAGCUGGAUGAGAAAGAGAAUCUGCUUGAGUCUGUUCAGAGGCUCAAGGACGAAGCUCGAGACCUUCGCCAGGAGCUGGCUGUGCGACAGAAGGAGAGACGACCAUCCAGCAGUCUGGGCAAAGACACUGAUCGACCAGAUCUGCCAUGUCCAUCAGCUGGAAACCCAUCCAUCCCUGUCACACCCUCCAAACCUAUCAGCUCAUAUGCCACGCCUCCAGCAUCCAGCAUUCGACGAGGUGAUGGUCUAACAGGGACCCCCCUCACUACAUCUGCUAGAAUAUCUGCUCUCAACAUUGUGGGGGAGCUGCUAAGAAAAGUUGGGAAUUUGGAGUCAAAGUUGGCAUCCUGUCGAGACUUUGUGUAUGACACGUCUAUCCCCAGACCAGCACUUCCAGCUGGUCCUGGUAGUCCUGCAGGUUUAGAAGCAGGAAAUGAGGCCCAAGCUACCAGCUUAAGUCCUCCGCCACAGUACGACAGUUUAGUGAAGCGGUUAGAGUUUGGACCAGCUCCUCCAAGAGGGGUCUCCCAGGGUGCUCAGUCUCCACAGGGAGGGGUCAAGAUCCUGCUAUGAGAGAAAAAGAUGGCGAGCUACAGCAGUGGGACUUUGAACUGAGCUGUCUUCCCCUGUCAACAUGUGCCCUGCUGAACUGUUCGAACAAGAACGCAGAGUGUCUCCGUCCAUCGGCGCAUGGACUUCUGCUGCCUCUGGCUAGUAUCGCACUGCAUCACCGGACGAAGCCCUGCAGCUCGUGUCAAAUCAAGGAACACAGAAACUACCACUUGCAUUAUAUCAUCCAUUGUAUGCUGUGGGGGUAAGCUUCUUAAAAAAACAAAAAAAACACAGCUCGUGAUGAUGGACUGUCUGUCUACUGCUUUCUGUGAUGGAUCGAGCACAGCAGGGCUUUAGAAACAUUACUGCUCCCACAAAACUCAUUUGGUGUUAGUUGCUGCACUUGCCCAAUAAUUGCAACUCAAAUUAGGGUCAGUCACAUUAAUUGCAGGCACUGGAAAGUGACCGUGGUGUAGGGACCAAGAACCUGGAGCGUUCAUUGAUGAAAAGGAUCAAACUAGCAGGCGUUCUGUUCAUGACCAAGUCCGAACCAAAGCUGUGAUAAAUGGAAAAACAGAAAAGCGCUGGGUUAGGUUUUCUCUAUUAAAAAAUAAUUACUGCUCAAUGUUUUGUUGUUCUUUGAACUUGAAAUAAUCUUGUAAUGAACAAGAUAGAUCAAUAUUGUGGGCUAAGAAGAUGGCAAAAAUAGUUUUUCUUGAUGAGACCCCAAACUGAUUAAAUGAAUUAGUUGCUGUCGUGAAUCGGUUUUUCAGCCUUUGCUGCCUUUAUUAACGCUGUUCCCUCUUCAGUUUAUAGGGCUUGCUUUGCUGUGAUUCCAUUAACAAACCUCAUUGUGAAAAUCCUAAAAUGGAUUAUUAAUCUCUUGCAUUGUCUGGACAUUUUGAAAUGAGGGAAUGCUGCUUUCCUUUAGGGUAGUUUAAGUCAUCUCAUUUGGUAGUUUUUUCUAAUUCAUUUUGACCCUGGUCAUGUCUAUUGCAGACUUGUUUUAUCAGGCCAUUUAUUUUCUGUUAUGCACGGCUUUUAAAUGUGAAGAAUAGCUAUAGAUGUUGCAGAUUUAUCAUCUAGUUUUACCAGUAACCUUUUGUUUUUAACUUCAGUUGACUGUAGGCUUUAGUUGGGCACAUGUGCACUUCUGAAUGUACAGUAAUAUUUCUUGUAUGGAUCUGGGACGACAUUUCUGCCAUCAGGGUUUAUAUUGUGGACUUAUUGUAAAAGCAAUAAUAGAGUUUAACAGGUCAAAGAUAAGCACAGUUCAUAGUAUAUUUGUGUAGGUAGAGCCUAUAUUGAAUACCCUUUAACUGCCUCUUAGUGAGAAAAUGUGUUGAAAUGGGAAAUUGAGUGAAGAACAGUUUAAAUAUAUCUAUGCUUUUCCCUGAAAUGUUUCCGGUUAAAUCUGAUGUUGUCACUACUGCCAUCCAGCUGCUCAUUAGGCAAAUAUUACAGUUGCAUAUCUAAAUAUCACGUUUAUGCAGUAGUCAUCACUGUAUACUGCACUGUAGCCUGUGUGUAGGAAUGUAACCUGAGAACUGGAGUUCCUGCUCCUCUUUGCUCCUUCUUGGGAUUAACAUGAGCUAACUGUAAUUGUAAUCCUUGACCACUGUGUUCACGCUGUUUGUAUGCAGCACCUCUUAUAACUGCUUCUGUAUGUUGACUCCAAACUGUAUGUGCCUGAGGUACUUUACCCAUCUUUAAUCCUGCUGGUUUGCAGUUGGUUUUCUAUUGAGCUGAGAAUGAUGUUAUGUUGUGCUGAAUCAGUUACUGACCAAGACGGAAACAUUAAAAGGAGAAAAUCAACAAA